AUGUUGUUAACCAGACUCUUGAUUGCCUUCCACCUCUUGAAGUCCCAUGGACUUGCGCACCCGCUUUCACCUGGGAAGCCUCUCCUGAAGAGAGCAGUUUUGGGUGCUGCAGAGACAGGGCAAAUUGUGAAUGAAGCAGAAAAGGUCGCAGAGCAAGGCCUCUAUGAUAUUGAAGGACCAGCAGGUCUGAAGGGUUCAGAACAGCAGGACCUGAAGAUGGGUGCGGCGGUUCUUGACCCACGAAACCGCAUUGAUCAGGCGAAUCUUGGAAGCGGAAGACGUUCCAAACCCAUCAAAGUCCCAGUAAUGGCAACGGAAAGAAGGAAAUCAGCUCUCAAACGUCCAACAGCAUCCGAUCAAACGCAACAAAUUCAGCCUGAAAACCCCAGAAAAGUGAGCUGGAGUACUGAUAUCCCCAGUGAAAAAUUUUCAAAACCCAUGGAACUCCCAGUAACCAAAACAAAACCAAUUCGAUCGGCCCUCAAAUCUCAAACAGCAUCGGACCCAGCUCAGAAACUUAAACCUAAAAUGAAGAAGGUCAAGUACAAUAACAUAGAUAUUGAUGUGCCUGCAGACUUUGAAGACGACCAUGAAGUUGAACCUAAGAAAGAAGCAAGUGCUCCUUUUGGUUUUAUCAAAUCCAUAUUGAACUUUUUUUGGCCUGAGGAAAACUUGAAUAGCAGCAACGCAAGAGUACACAAGUUUCAAGAAUUUGAACAUGAACAUGAAGGUGGUGAAAAAUCUGAUAAAAAUCCAGAAUUUCAAAGGAAAUUUCAAUUACCUGAGUAUAAGGAAGGGGAAGGAUGGUGGGAACAGCUUGAAAAGAUGAAAUCUUGCGCUGCAGAGAAAAAAACCAAGAUUGAAGGUUUGAUCAAGGAUUUGUUAGAUGGUAAUUUUUUGGAGGGAGAAAAUUUCAUUGAGUCCAAUGCUGGAAAUAAACUUUUUGAGAAUGAUGAAUCUGAAUUAGAGUUCUUAGUCAAUAGCCUAUGA